CAUGAAGGUCUCCGCAGCGCUCCUCUGCCUGCUGCUCAUAGCCGCCGCCCUCACCACCCAGGUGCUCACCCAGCCAGAUGCAAUUAAUUCUCCAGUCACCUGCUGCUAUACACUCACCAAUAAGAAGAUCUCAAUUCAGAGGCUGGCCAGCUAUAAAAGAGUCACCAGCAGCAAGUGUCCCAAAGAAGCUGUGAUCUUCAAGACCGUCCUAAACAAGGAGAUCUGUGCUGACCCCAAACAGAAGUGGGUCCAGGAUUCCAUGGCACACCUAGACAAGAAAAGCCAAACCCAAACUGCAAAGCCAUGAAUACUCACUCUGAAAUGGAAGAAUCUGAAACUAAUUUAUUUUCUUCUAACCUUCCCUAAAUGCCCUCUGAUAUUAUUUUUUUAUAAUUUCAAAGAGUACAAACUUUGUUUAUUGAUAUGCACACAAUGCCUUAAGUAAUGUUAAUCUUAUUUAAAUUAUUGAUGUUUUAAAUUUAUUUUCCCCAAAUACUAGUGUAUUUUUUAAAAUAUGGAGACUUGGAAAUAAACUGCUUUCCUCUGGGGGCCCCAGUUCUACCCCUGGGAUGGUGUGAGGGUCCUUGCAAGGAUCAUUAAUGCAAGACUAUGUUUUAAAUUCUAAAGGAU